AUAUGUAUGCGGGCUGGUCCACUUGGUUCUUACUGAUUCUUAAUGGUUUGAUAAUGGAUAUUCUUAAUGACUGCUGUGGGCUUUUGAUGAGUGAUCUGCGGGGGUCAGGGGUGCCAAACAGCGUUGCAUAAUCAUUAUUUACACAGGUACAUACCCUCCUUUUGAAGCUUAAGGAUGGGUUUGACUUUUGAACCUGGAAAUGAUGACAUGCCUAAUGCUGCUGCUAUCUCCCUUGUCCCCCACUCAUGCAACAACUCUAAUGCGACUACUACACACCUGAAGUACAUGGCUGGCAUUGGAAUGCUGACUACCUGCACAGGACGAGUAAUCUCUGGAAGGGGUGUUGACUGCCUGGGCUACCCCUACUUGCCUAGGGUGGGAUUUCAUUUUGAACCUGUACAUGGCUUCUACACUGCUGCAUUACAGGGCUGGAUUCUGGGUGGCUGACUGCCUGCACGGGACGAGGUCACAACCCCUUGGUGCUGACUUGAGGGACUAUGCCUGAUGCUGAUGCACACUUCCCCAUGACCCCAGCUGAUGGCACGACGUUGGAUGACUGCCUUUGCACUUGAAACACUGUAAAUGGCUACUGUACUCCUGAACUACUUGAUGGAAUACAUUGGAUACAAAAUGCUUGACUUGACAUGGGUGGGAAUGAACCAUUGAGGGCUGCACUGCCUCCCUGGACAGAUCCAUGGACCUCCUAACCACGCAGUAGUAUAUGGUUGAUUGUGGUCUCUUUUGAGCAUGGUGUUCGCACGGACCAGCAUGUUUUAAAAGUAGUGGCUAACUGUUACAAUGAUGUGUGGUUCAUCUCUUGUUUGUGUGAGAUUACAUUUGAAUUGUAAUUGUUUGUGUAAGUAUUGGGUGUAAUCCUGUUUUAUCUUUGUUCCUAGGCAAGUAACCAUUUUUAUGGUUAAGCAUUUGACACUCUUGUAUUUCUUUGAUUACGUGUAAUAAUAAUUUGCGGGUGGGUGA